UGCAAGUGUCUUGUCUUACUCUUACUCUAACCAAACGCAGCUCAUAUACACUUGACAUGUCCCUUAGCAUUUGUAUAGGGACGUAAAAGACGAUAUCUGAGUGAGAUUUCCGAAAUUGAAAUGACGAAACUGAGGGAGAUCAUUGGCAUAAUCAAAGACAAAGCUUCACAAAGCAAAGCAGCGAUCCUCUCCAACCGCGCCAACCUCCCCACAGCUCCGCCGUCGCCCUCAAGUGCCUCCUCGCCGCCCACCACGUCAUCCGCCACGGCACCUUCAUCCUCCAGGACCAGCUCUCCACGGCGUACCCGUGCUCCCGCGGCGGCAGAAACUACCUUAACCUUUCCCACUUCCGCGACCGGAGCUCCACUACGUCGUGGGAGCUCUCCUCCUGGGUGCGAUGGUACGCCCACCACAUAGAGAACAUAUUAUGCGCCUCCCGAACCCUCGGAUUCUUCUUCCUCUCGGCGUCGCCGCCGUCUCCUUCUUCGCCGGCGCGUGAGAACAAAGAAGAGCGGGUUUCCUGUCUCACUAACGGUGAUUUGUUAAGAGAAUUGGAUUCUUUGGUGGCUCUUAUCGAAGGGAUCACGAAGAAACCCCAUCACAACAACAAGAUUGAAGAAGAUUACAGCAAGAACAAGCUUGUGGAUGAGGUUGUUGGGUUGGUGGAAGAAGACGCGGUUAUGGCGGUGAGUGAGGUUUCGGCGAGGGUGAACGAGUUCAAGGAGAGAAUGGGUUUGUUGAGUUUUGGUGAAGGAGUUGAGCUUGUUUGCAUUUUGAAGAGGUUGGAAGAGUGCAGAGAACAACUUGUUGCGUGUUGUUCAUGUCUGAUGCAAAAGGGAGAGAAGAAAAGGUUCUGGGAAUGUGUGAGAGAGUUGAAGGAAGUGGCUGGGAAGAACGUGUUGUGUACGGAAGAAGAGGGUAAGAGAGUUGGAAGACCAGAGAGGAAAACGGAAUCGGAUCGGUUUCUUGACGGAAGAGUUGUUCUGAAUUCGGUUGAUUUGGUGCGGUUUCCCUCUUCAAGGUUCUUCUGAUCUGAUGCUCAAGGGUAAUUUUGUAAAUAUAACAUUUUCUAUUUUCUAUUUUAUAUUUUAUUUUGGUUUAGCAUCCAAUAAUCUGAUGUUGAUGGGGAUAGGGAUACAUCGUUGUGUGAUUGCAUUGAGUUGUGUUGUAACUAUAAAUUCUGCUUCUUACUUGUCUACCUUAGCAAUGUUUUUCAUUGAUUGAUAGUAUUAGUGGGCUAGCAAUAUUUUAAUAGAUUUUGUUAG